AUGCGCGAGUUUUUCGCAUUUCGCAUUCAAGACAGGCAUGGAGAAUCCCCAAUCAUUAUGAUGUCUGGGAGAUUGUAUCAACAGUUUCUGGUUGACGCAUAUACAAUGGUAGAAUCAAAUAGGCUUCGUUAUAUAUGGCAUAAUCAAACGAAGCUAAGGUGUGACAACUUUGAUAAGAUUGAACAAGCUGGUGAACGUGGCAAUAAUGAUCUUUCUGGUCAAGGAAAAAAGGUGCUUAUACCUGCUUCAUUCACUGGAAGUAAGAGAUUCAUGAGGAAACAUGAUCUAGACGCGAUGGCAACAUGCAAGUACAUUUCACCAUAUGAAUCUUCAUGGAGGCUUCUAAAGAUUCCUAUACAGUACCGAACCACGACAGUAGUGCAACUUUCGUUUCAUUUGCCUGGUAAACAAAUGUGUAUAUAUCACGAAGGAGAGAGUGUUGACCAAGUGUUAAACAAAGCAUCGGUAGGGCAGUCACAAUUUCUAGCGUGGAUGGAGGCAAACAACGAAUAUGCCUUGGCAAAGACGCAAACAUAUGCUGAUUUCCCAACCAAAUUCGUUUGGGUCUCAAAGCAGCGGAAAUGGAAAAUACGAAAACAAGGUUUUGCCAUAGGCAGGCUGGUGUAUGUCUCACCUUCAGUUGAAGACGCAUAUCAUUUGAGAAUUCUUCUUAAUAUAGUAAAGGGCCCUGAGAGUUUCGAUUACUCAAAAAAGGUUAAUGGUGUUAUAUACGACGAUAAAGACGCAUACGACGAUAAAGAAUACAUCGAAGGAAUUAAAGAGGCCAGUCUUUGGGGAACUGGAAUGUUUCUUCGUAAGCUUUUUGCUAUAAUGCUUCUUUCGAGUAGUGUAGCAGUUCCGAUCAACGUCUGGAAUGCUACUUGGGAAAUAUUAACUGAGGAUUUCUUAUAUCAUAAAAGGCGUGAAGAGAAUGACCCAGGUUUGGUGUUGACUGAAGCCCAGUAUAAGAAUCUUGGUUUGCUGGAAAUAGAGAGGUAUAUGUGCAGAAACGGUCAUUCAUUAUCCGACUAUAAAGGAGAGAUGCCAGUCCCUGAUGAUAUUGGAAAGUAUAAGAAAUCAAAUCAUCUAAUCUGGGACGAGAAAUCAUACGAUCGUGCAAAACUUGCAAACGAUCAUGUCAAGUUGUUUUCAACAAUAACCAAUGAACAGAAGGAUAUCUACAAUGAUAUAAUGGAUGCAGUUACAAGAGGUAUCCGUGGGAUGUUUUUUGUUUAUGGAUACGGUGGGACAGGUAAAACGUACCUAUGGAGGCUUUUAGGCGCUGCUCUUCGUUCUCAAGGAAAAAUAGUUCUCAAUGUUGCAUCAAGUGGCAUUGCAGCAUUGUUAUUAGAGGGAGGAAGAACAGCGCAUUCUCGGUUUGGAAUACCCAUGGUUGUGAACGAGUAUAGAUUCUGUAAUGUGAGUUCUGGAUCACACCAAGCAGAGUUGAUUGAAGCAGCCGAUCUUAUUAUAUGGGAUGAGGCUCCGAUGAUGAGCAAGCAUUGUUUUGAGACACUAGAUCGGACUAUGCGAGAUAUAUUAAAGUGUGAUAAGCUAAAGACAAAUAUGAGACUGCUUCGUGGCGAUAAUGAUUUCAUUAAUCAAGAAAUUGAAGAAUUUGCCAAGUGGAUCUUGGAUAUUGGUGAUGGAAAACUAAAUAUUCAUGAUACCAUAGAAGAUGAAUUAGAAAUUCCAGCGGAUUUUCUGAUAAGCGGAGAAGGUGAUCCUGUGAAGAGAAUAGUCUCGGAGAUUUAUGGUCAAUCUUACACAACCACACGUGAUCCAGUUUUUUUCAGGAAAGGGCAAUACUCAGUCCACGGAAUCAGGAUGUCGAUGUUAUCAAUGAAUUCAUGCUAUCAGAACUCACAGGUCUUUGUUAUAUGA